AUGUUCUUCAAGCCUUUGGAUUUGACGACAGCCCUUCGUCCGUCUUUGCUCUCAGAUGAGACGCUACUGUUUGUGCAAGACGCAGUGGGCUUAUAUGAGGGGAAAUUCAAGAUUCCCAACUAUCAAAACGGGCAUGCGUAUCUGACGUCUCAUCGAAUCUGUUACGUCGCGACCGAGAACCCCCGACAAUACUCCGUUGCCAUCGAUUUGAAGGAUGUCGACCGUGCCGAAUACCAGGCCGGCUUUUUAAAAUCUUCUGCUAAGAUUACUGUCUAUCCCAAACCGCAAAAACGAAUAAUUGGCCAAGAUGGCAUCUCUUCGUCGGCUGCACGGGGCACCUCAACGAGUGUACCGUCAACACAUCAGAACGUGAAUGCGACAUGGGUUUGUCCUAUCUGUUCCUUUUCAAAUCCUGUUCCUUCCAAUUUCGAGCCGGCGACGGCCACUGCUUCCACGCCACUACCGCCUUGUCUCGCAUGUGGCAUUAAGCCGCCCCUUACGACCGUGUUGAAAGCUACAAUUGCAGCUGCUACAAAUAGAAGCUCUACUGGUAUUACGGACUCGUUAUCGAUAAACAAUGCACCCCUACAAGAGCAAGUGAGCGUUCCGAACGCAGACUUGCAAUCAAGCACUAAUGGCAAUUCGUUAACCUGCCCGAGAUGCACAUUUAUCAAUCAUCCUUCUUUGCUAGAGUGCGAGAUCUGCGGGGCUUCACUUGUGUCGUUGAGUUCAAAAGACAGACUUGCUGCAGGUUCACGACGCGAGGAGUCUCCAGCCCCCAUUUUCAAUCAGUCGAGCAUUACGAAUACUGAGAUUACCGAUUAUAUCAAAUUAUCUUUCCGGAAUGGCGGCGAGAAAAUCUUUUAUGAGAGGUUAAAGGGCUGCUUGGUUCAAAGAAAAUGGUUGCUUCAAAAUGCUCCUCUUAUACCCCAACCAUCAAAUUCUCCAAACCCAGAAACAAGCUCUUCGCCUAUUCCAGGCCGGUCGAACGAUUCGACGCCAAAACCGUCCGCGGUCGGUAUCGCAGGCUUAGAAAUGCGCGGCUUCGAGGCUCGCAAAAAUACUGAGUUUGUGAUUGGCAAUGCCUUUGAAGAUUUGGAGGCAUUGAUGGCUUCUGCGAAGCAGAUUGUUUCACUAGCGGAAACACUAGCCUCGGAGUCUGGAAUAGCUGCCAAUGGAGGACCAUCUGAAGCAAGCGCUGUUCUUUCUCAAUCAGCAGCUGCUCUAGGGAUGGUCACAACAAAGGACAUGCUCGGUUCCGGUGCAGAAAAUCUGUAUCUGUCUGAAUUGGCUCGUAAUUUGGCAGAGUACUUAACUGAUGAUCGGAAAGGCGUUUUGCGCAAAGAAGGCGGUAUCGUCAGUCUCGUCGACCUUUGGGCUAUAUUCAACCGGGCUAGGAACGGGGUCGAGCUUGUUAGUCCAUCAGAUUUUGAGCAGGCAGCACGCUUGUGGGAGAAGCUCAAGCUUCCCGUCCGUCUUCGCCGCUUCAAAAGUGGACUUCUUGUGGUUCAAUCGAAUGAGUGGAGCGACGAGAAAGUCAUUCAACAAUUUGACAAGUGGCUUGAAGAACUACGAAAUCAAGUCCCAUCUGACGGUCUAUCGUGGAAUUGGGAACGAUAUGGUCGGGGAGUCACAGCACAAGAAACUGCACAACACUUUGGUUGGAGUGUGGGUGUGGCGGUAGAAGAACUUGAAAUGGCUGAGGACAAGGGAGCCCUAUGCCGCGAAGAAGGCAUUGAGGGUGUGCGGUUUUGGAGGAAUUUGUUCCUCGCUGAGGAGAGUGAAAGUGGGCUUGAACAGAGAAUAUCAUCUUUAGCAUUCUAA